GAAGUGAAUUCCAUGUGGUUGUUGCUACCUAGAACAAGAAAUCAAAGAUCCAAGAACUGGGUUGAUUGGAAGAGGGGAAAAUAAUUGGCAUAAUAAGGGCAUAAUUACUGUGGAAAAUGACAACGUUACGGCCGUUUACUUGCAACGAUCUAUUCCGCUUUAACAAUGUCAAUCUGGAUCCAUUGACAGAAACUUAUGGGUUGCCAUUUUAUCUAUCUUAUCUGGCACAUUGGCCAGAGUAUUUCCAAGUUGCAGAGUCUGCAGAUGGAAAAAUUAUGGGUUAUAUAAUGGGGAAGGCAGAGGGCACAGUGCAAAAUGAGCAAUGGCAUGGGCACGUGACAGCACUUUCGGUUUCGCCACAGUUCCGAAGACUUGGUUUAGCAGGCAAAUUGAUGAGUGAGCUGGAAAGAAUAUCUGAACAGAAAAAGGCUUUCUUUGUCGAUUUGUUUGUCAGAGUUUCUAACAAGGUUGCUGUUGACAUGUACAAGAAACUUGGAUACACGAUUUAUAGAACAGUACUGCAAUAUUAUUCGGGUGACCCGGACGAAGAUGCUUAUGAUAUGCGGAAGGCCCUUUCACGGGAUGUUCAUCGGAAAUCGGUAAUACCGCUAAAAGAUCCUGUUCGCCCAGAAGAUGUUGAAUAGCCACAAAGAUGACUAGUCCCGGUGGGUGCAGUUUGCUGGUUUCUACACCCUUAUGCGUAUCUUUGGGGUUUCUACAAAAAUAUUUGGAGGUUUUAUAGACCAUCCGAAAAAGGGGGUCGAUUAAUUUCUUUACAUGAACAUGAGGUCAUGGUAUAUCCACCGUGCACUGCACCCACCGUGGAGCUAGUAUGCCCAUUUUUUACCAAACGUUGCCCGGGAUUCACUUGAAUACCAAAUAUAUCUUCUUACAACAUCAAUGGCUAGAAACUGAGUUAAAUUCAACCUGAAAGAGUUUGUGAAUAUUGAAAAACAAUUUCCCAUUAAAAUCGACCAUUUGAUCUGAUAUUAGUUCGCCCGAGCAACCCCUUCGUUUGAUUCUGUCAUUACCUUAAACCCUUCCUUUUGAUACUUUUUUAAGUUCGUGGUUAUUAUUUUUUGCUCAACUGUUAAUCCUAUUUAUAAAAAUGCCUGUUGUUUACCGUGCUUAGAUAAAUUUGUUACUGCCAUAACCCCAUUAUAAAAAUAUAAUCUUGGGUACACUGAAGAGAUCGUCUGUGAUGAUUGGUUGACCAAUUCCCCUUUAUAAAAUUGAUCAAGUUUGUUCCCGCUAGGCAUGUUUUUCCUUCGUCCAAAUAUGAUUUUCGACACACUGUAAAGUAUUCAAAAACCCUAAGAUUUGUUUUUAUUCCUUCAAGCUUCAGGUCCGUAACUACUUUUGUCCUAAGGAAGCUUUUGGCCCAGUUAAAUUUUGAAUAAAAUCCUUUGCUUUCAAUGAACAAUCUCUUUUCUUCCCAUGGGUUUAAACAGAAAUGCCCCCCUCCCCAAAAUAAUUCUUUCCUUCGUAUGGCUCUGCAAGCUUGAAGUCAUAACAAAAAGUUGCACACUUUUUAGACUUGCACACAUUUCAUUUUUCCUUUUUCUUCUUGUACAUUCCACCAUUUAUUUGGCAAUAUUUAACUUUGAAAAUACAAGCGCAAAAAUCUGCAUCUGGAUUUGGUAAUUUCAAAAUCAUAUGUUUUACUAAUAAAUGGAUGAGCUUUCAUGAAACUAUAUAUAAACUUGUAUGUGGAGAUGGCUGAAAAUUUGGUGCUGCAACGCUGUUAUAAUCAAUUCCGUGCCUUUAACCUAGACUUGAUUUUAAUAUAUCCAGAAAGAAAGGCCCAGAAAGUCACCUUGCAAAAUAAACAGUGUCUCCUGCCUGCCAUUAUAAUUGGGCUCAAAAAAGGGAAUAAGUGUUUUCGAAUCUGAGAAGAAAUAAAUUGAGUGAAACCUGAAAGGAAUUUUCGGCAUCAUAUUUAUUCAUAGCAAUAUUAAACAACUAACUUUGAUAUGUUUGUAAUAGCUUUUUUGCUUAUCAAAAACUUCAGUUACUCUUUGGUAAAGUUGCUUUUGCUACUUCGCAUCAGUUCUUGCUUCUCUCUUAGUUUUUUUGUAAUUUAUAUCAUAUUUUACUGAUUUUAUUUGUGUUUUCAUUUUGUAUCAAUGUUUAGAAGUUCGACUGAGUUUUGCAGCUUUUUUAUUUCUUAAUAUUAGACUAUUUUGUUGAAGAGUAAUGUGUAAUCAAGACUGA